GUGUUUGGAUGGGUGGGACGCAAUAACCGCCCUGUUCACACUCCAGGACCACUGAAGUAGACUACACUCGACCCACUUCAGAGAGCAGCCAGUUCGUGAUAUAUCACAUCUUAAGAUGCUUCUCAUAUUCCUUGUCUUGUAUUUGUCUCCGGUUUUUCAGUGCCAAACUGAGGAUACUGAAUUGUCAGAGGAUGUGGACUUUGAAGAAUACACGAUUUCAGACACGGAUUCAAACGCUGCUCCUCUCAGAAUCCCGCGGCAGGUGAAAACGCUUCUAACCAAGGAAACUAAACCGCACAUUCAGGAGCUGUCUGUCCAGACCACCAUCAUUUCCCGCUAUGCCUUCACCGCGGUGUCAUGUAGCAUGCUCAAUAGACACUCGGCUGCGACUCAGGGGGUCUUUCAGUUUCACAUUCCCACUGCUGCAUACAUCACCAACUUUACCAUGAUUGUGGGCGGACGAGUGUUUCCCAGCCAGGUGAAGGCCAAAGAGAAGAAAAUUAAGAAGGAAGGUGGAGAAAACAAUGGCAAGAAAAACAAGACCACACCAGAGCAGAGUGAGGGUGAGAUGGAGGUGUUUCGAAUGGAGGUCACCAUUCCUGGACGCAACCGUGCCGUUUUCCUCCUGACCUACGAAGAGCUGCUGCAGAGACGAUUGGGACAUUACGAGCAUGUGACUAGUAUUCGGCCAAUGCAGUUGGUCGGCAAACUCAGCGUGGGCGUUACUAUAGUGGAACACUCUCACAUCACUUACCUUGAAGUUUUACCCCUACGAAAUGGCAAAACUCCAUCUUCCAAUGGCAAUGGGAAAGCAGAUGGUAAAGUAGGACCACCAGUUUCCACAGUGGUCAAACAAAACGAAACCUUCUGCAAGAUUAGCUUCACUCCCAACAUUGCCCAGCAGGUCAAGAUUGCGACGAACGGCAUGCUGGGAGAAUUUGUGGUGCGCUAUGACGUAGAGAGAGAAAUUGGCAUUGGUGAUAUUCAGGUGCUAGAUGGACAUUUUGUACACUAUUUUGCCCCCAAAGACCUGCCUGUCGUGGCGAAGAAUGUUGUAUUUGUGAUUGAUACCAGCGCUUCCAUGGUUGGAACCAAAAUCAGACAGACCAAAGAAGCUCUGUUCACGAUCCUACGCGAGCUGCGGCCCAAUGAUCACUUCAACUUUGUCACUUUUUCCAACCGCAUCCGCGUGUGGCAGCCAGGAAAACUUGUGCCCGUCACACCCAACAAUAUACGCGAUGCCAAGAAGUUCAUCUACAUGAUCUCACCCACUGGAGGCACUGACAUCAAUGGUGGCAUUCAGACAGGCUCAGCUUUACUCAGUGACUAUCUCUCCAGCAAAGAAGAGUCCCAUCACAACAGCGUGUCACUCAUAAUCUUCCUGACCGAUGGGCGGCCCACAGUUGGUGUUGUUCAGAGCCCGGUCAUCAUUGGCAACACCAAAGCAGCAGUGCAGGAGAAGUUCUGCCUCUUCACCAUUGGAAUGGGUGAUGAUGUAGACUACAAGCUCUUGGAGAGAAUGUCCCUGGAAAACUGUGGAACCAUGAGGAGAAUCCCAGAGGAUGCAGAUGCCAAAGUCAUGCUCAAGGGCUUCUACGAUGAGAUCGGCACUCCGUUGUUAUCUGACAUCCGGGUGGAAUACUCUGAAGAUGCGGUGGAAUACAUCACCCAGAACCUUUUCACAAACUACUUCAAUGGCUCUGAGCUUGUUGUAGCCGGAAAAUUAACCAAUCGCAGCUCAGACUCGUUACACGUUCAGGUCACCGCCAUUAACAGCGAGCGAAGCAUCGUGCUGGAGAAAGACGUGUCAAUACACGAGCAAGAGCAGAAAACUGAACGGCGCCUAGCGGAAGCAGAGGUGGGUCCAAACGCAAACGGUUAUGUGGAACGCCUGUGGGGAUACCUGAGCGUAAAAGACGGGCUAAAAGGACGACUGCGUAGCCAGACGAGCGCAGAGCGGGAAAACUACACACAACACGCUAAAAAUCUUUCGUUAGCGUAUAAUUUUCUCACGCCACUCACCCAAAUGAUAGUGGAGAAACCACAAGUGCUGGCUGAUGGAACUUUAGCACAGACGCAGAAAGAGGCAGAGGCUGCAGAGGCCACUGAGGCUCCGCCCCCUGUUGAGUCAUCCAAUCAGCUGUCAGAAGACGAUAACAGUCCAACACCCCAGAGCCUGCACAGAAAUCAACCGCCCAAGCCGAUUUCUGCAGUCUCCAAGGCAACAAGUGGCGUCAGAAAACCAGCCAAGAAGUCUGUCACCAUAUCCAAAACUUCCGCUGAUGGUGACCCUCAUUUUGUGGUGGAGGUUCCUCACAGUAAACUGACUGUGUGUUUCAACAUUAAUGGCGAGCCAGGACACAUUCUUCGACUGGUGACUGACCAUAAACACUCAGGUGUGACUGUGAACGGUGCACUGAUUGGAGCUCCAGCCCCAGCCGGCAGUCAUAAAGAACAGAGAACAUAUUUCAGCACCAUAACUAUAGUAGCCGACAAACCACACCGCUCUUACAUUGAGGUGACCCCACAAAAGGUCAUACUGGACGACCGGGACCGGAUGGUCCUUCCAUCCAGCUCCAGCAUUUCCAUUGAAACGGCAAACCUGGGUGUGGUCAUUAUUGCUAACACAAACCUGACAGUGACCAUCCAAGGAACUAUCCAGUUUGUCAUCUUAUUCCACCAUUACAAAAAUCCAGCGCCCUUUCAGCGGGAUCACCUGGGGUUUUACAUCGCUAACAGCAAAGGAUUGAGCAAGGAUACACACGGCUUGCUAGGUCAGUUCUUGUAUGAAGACAUUGGAUUGACGCAGAUUCCCGGAAAUGUCAGCAUGGCUGGAGAAAACAGCACACAGGAAACACUAGGGAAAAAUACCACUCUAAUAAGUUUCCCUGCCUUAAAGGUGAAGGAUCGUACUGUCACCGUCAUAAAGAAGAGCAGGCGAAUCUACUCUGGAAAGCAGACUGUAGAUUGCUGGUUUGCCAAAAACAAUGCGGCUAAACUGAUUGACGGACAAUACGAUGAUUACGUUGUGUCACAUCUGUUUGACACAGGAGACUGGGCUAAUGGGACCUACACACACUGAGACAAACACACAUUCACACACACAAACGCACAAAACACAGAUCUCCUGGACUUAUGGGUCAUGACCAAAAUAUAUUCACACAAACAUUUUGCAACCAUAAGCAGUAUUUUAAGUACAUGAUUUAUAUUCAGUAAUGUUUGAACAUAUUACUUUACUGUUUUUAUUGUUGUCAUCUACAAAUAUACAUUAUAUAUUUUAGUUAAUAUAAUAAGACUGUUUUUGGAACUCAUUUUGUACUAAUAAAUUAAAUGGUAACAACA